AUGCACUCCAUCGCCUGGAUUGUGGCACUGUUGCUGGUGACGCUCCAGGAUGCGCACUCCGUGUACAUAACGCGCCUGGCUGUGCCCCGGGUGUACGUGUUAGAUAAUUACCACCACCACCACCACCACCAUCACCGCUAUCUGCCGCGGAACCGACACGAUCCGGACGUUCCGUUCGAUCCGGAACCGGACCCGGUGCCGGUACCGGGGAGCCUCGCGGAGGAGGGGGAGUCGGUGGUCCGCGGUCCGGUGGAGCACCUGGUGCUGGACUGCGAGUACGUCAUCGAGCCGAACGAGACGGGCUUCGUGCUGAAGUGGCUCCACAACGACGUGCCCAUCUACCAGUGGAUCCCGCCGCACCGCAGCCCGUCCAGCUUGAACCGCAUGCGGGACCACGUGAACCGGACGUUCACCGUGGGCAACGAGGCCAUGCACAAGCACCGGGCGUUGGCGCUGAUGCAACCGACGCAGGACUUUGCCGGCAAGUACAGCUGCUCCGUCCAGACCUUCCAGUCCGGCAACAUCAAGUCCGCGGACCUGUUCAUAAUCGUGCCCGAGUCGGGCUUCGUGCUGAAGUACUACCGCAACCUGAGCGGCGACCUGGUGACGGUGCUGUGCAGCGUGUACGGGAUCUUCCCGGCACCGGAAAUGUCGCUGUGGGUGAACGAUUAUCGGCUGGAGAACGGCAGUGUCACCGAGAUCCCGGUCGCCGACGGGCUGUUCGACAGCUCGGUCAGCGUGCAGCUGGUGCUGUACGAGUCGCUCCAGGCGGACGAUGUGAUCAAAUGUGUCCUGUCGAUUCCGGGCACCGACUAUCGGCGCGCGAAGGAGACGGUAUUCCUCGACGUAAGCAGCGCCAGCCGGCCGUUCGAGGAGUCAAACUCCAUCCUGGAACCGUCGGGUGUCGGGUUGCUAAGCGGAACGACCACCAGCACGACGACGAGCAGACCGUUGCUGUCGGUGACGGCGAAAGUGGCCACCACGGGGCACAGCGCGGCGGUGGUGGUGGGUGAAAGCCGGGAAUCCAUCAGGCAACUGCCGGCCGUUCCGUCCGUUCCGAUUCGCCUUCGACCGACGGCCACUUCGACGCGGGUGCUCACCGUCCAGCAGGCGAACCCACCCGGUGCCGAUCCGGACGACGCCGACAUAAUGAACGUGCUGGACUUUAAGGAGAUUUUCAACGAGAAUCAGCUGUACAAAAGUGGAGCCUCCUCGGGUCUGCAGCAUCACCGGAGGGUUGUGGUCUGGACGGUGGGCACUCCUUCGGCGCUGCUUUUGCUGGCACUUCUUCGACUUCGAGACCGGAUGCUUCGUACGUAA